GUGGCUGCCGCGCGGUUAUGUGGCUGGACGGACGUAGGUGGCUCCGGGUUCUUGUGCAGUGCGGUUUGGGUCGCGGUUGCCUUAGCUUUGCCAGGAUUUGGGGUGGCUGUAGAGACCCGAUGGCGGAAACACUCUCAACAGGAGCGGAGUCAGCUGACGGGUUGAAUGUUACGGCUCAGCAAAACGGAGACGCUGGUGGCGACGUAAGGGGUAAGCGGCUCCCAGGGAGCUCGGAGCCUGGUAGCCCUGGAAUUGAGUCGGUCCCAGAGACCGGGAAGCAGGCCCCAGGAGGUGAGGAGCAGGCCUCGGCUGCAACCCUGGGUCCAGGCAAACGAAAAAAGCGGCGGGGGACGACCAGGGACCGUGUCGUGCCGCCCCCUAAGAAGCGGCGGACUGGGGUGAGCUUCAGCGAUGAGCACUUUGCAGAGACUAGCUACUACUUCGAGGGCGGCCUGCGUAAGGUUCGGCCCUAUUACUUUGACUUCCGGACCUACUGCAAAGGCCGCUGGGUGGGCCAUACUUUGCUGCAUGUCUUCAGCACCGAGUUCCGAGCCCAGCCCCUGGCGUACUACGAGGCCGCGGUCCGGGCGGGCCGCCUGCACCUGAACGAGGAGCCGGUACAAGACCUCAGCAUCGUGCUGAAGGACAAUGAUUUCUUACGGAACACAGUACACAGGCAUGAGCCACCAGUCACAGCAGAACCUAUUCGCCUGCUAGCUGAGAAUGAAGACAUGGUGGUUGUAGACAAGCCUUCCUCCAUUCCUGUCCACCCCUGUGGCCGCUUCCGGCACAACACGGUCAUCUUCAUCCUGGGCAAGGAGCACAAACUCAAGGAGCUACACCCAUUGCAUCGCCUUGACCGCCUUACCUCAGGGGUGCUCAUGUUUGCCAAAACAGCUGCGGUCUCUGAGAGGAUUCAUGAGCAGGUUCGGGACCGGCAGCUGGAGAAGGAGUAUGUGUGCCGGGUUGAAGGGGAGUUCCCUACUGAGGAAGUGACCUGCAAGGAACCCAUCCUAGUGGUGUCUUACAAGGUAGGGGUGUGCCGUGUAGAUCCCCGGGGCAAGCCCUGUGAGACGGUGUUCCAGAGGCUGAGCUACAAUGGCCACUCCAGUGUGGUACGGUGCAGACCACUCACAGGCCGCACCCACCAAAUCCGAGUCCACCUUCAGUUCCUGGGCCACCCCAUUCUCAACGACCCCAUCUACAACUCAGUUGCCUGGGGCCCCUCCCGAGGCCGGGGCGGCCAUAUUCCCAAGACAGAUGAGGAGCUGCUCCGAGACCUGGUGGCGGAGCACCAGGCCAAACAGAGCCUGGAUGUGCUAGAUCUCUGUGAGAGUGACCUGUCCCCAGGAUUCACAGACUCUACAGCCCCCUCCUCAGAGGUGGGCAAGGACAGCCCGGAGGUGGGUAAGGACAGCCCGGAGGUGGGUAAGGACAGCCUGGAGGUGGGCAAGGACAGCCCGGAGGUGGGCAAGGACAGCCCUGAGGUGGGCAAGGACAGCCUAGAAGAGUUUGUUCCUGCUACCCAGAAGAUAGAUGGAGGAGUUGAGGCAGCCUCUCAGAAUCUGGAUACAGUGGCCUUUGCACCAGGAAAGGCAGCUGAAACAGAUAUUAAAAAUGAAGAGACAGACCCCCUCUGUGCAGAGUGCCGGCUGGUGCGACAGGACCCCUUGCCCCGAGACCUUGUGAUGUUCCUGCAUGCCCUAUGCUAUAAGGGGCCAGGCUUUGAGUACUUUUCACCCAUGCCUGCCUGGGCACAGGAUGACUGGAAAGAAGACUGAGAGGUGGCCAAUGGAGGGAUCACUUCUUGGCUUGAGACAGGAAUGGGCCGUAGGGCAGGUGCUUGACCCACGGACUGAUUCUCAGGAUUUCUACAGAAGUGAGGUUGGGAUCUAAAGGGACCUGCUCAGACUUGCUACCUUCUUCCUCUCCCUUCCUCCAGCCAGAGUUGGGGUGUUUUCAGGAUGUAAAUAAAUCCCUUUUUUAAACAC